AUGCGUCAAAUCAAAUAUGCCACCACGAUACCCCAGAUCUACCAUACAACCAUCAUCAUUGGAGCUUGUAGAGUGAUGCCUCGCAAUGACGAAGGCAGUGGCUUUGAUAUGGGCAAAUGUUGGUGGAAUGAUGCCCUCAUGGACCAGAAACGCCUCGCCCAACUCGGUCGCCAUCAAACAUGGCUCAGUCCCCAGAGAGCUGACGGUUUUGUCUAUACCUACUCAAGCGAGAUGAUAACCAGAAUACUUCUGCAUAUCCGAGAGGCUUGUGAUAAAGCAAAGGAAACAUCUCUGCCCACCGAGAUCCUCGUUAUUCUCUACGGCCUCGGAAACCCUGCAAUCGGCUGUCAUAUGGAUUGCACCAAGGACUUCCUAGAACCUGGCGCAAUCAUCACUCCUACGAUGAUUCUUAACGAAUUGCCGCCUGGCCGAGAUGUAACUUUGGCCAUGCGCAUGUUUUCUACGCGUCCCGGGGCCCAUAUCUACUCGUUGCAAGAAUCACAGCUUGAUGAACACACGAGGGCUUUUGAAGAUGUCCACAAAACAGCCGCCGCGAAUGGAACAUUGAUCAAGCAAGCUUUUACCGAAGGAGACGUCUUGGAUUACCGGAUUUCCAAGAAAGACGAAACGCUGGAGGAACACUGUCACUACGAGCUUGCGCUCUGGCUCCGAAAAGGCCCCAAGGACACAGACGGUUACACGGUAGUCAAGGACAGAAUACUACAAUUCAUGGACCCGUAUCCUCGGGAGACAAUGUUGCAGUGUCGGGCCAGGCUAGCCUCGUUGGCAACGGUAGUGAUCUUUCGGUUAUCAAUGGCAUUCUUGACGGACAACAUGGUUGCCAAAUUCAAGCUCAAACGCCCUCAGGACCAAACUUGCCUCGAGUGGGACAUGCCUCGGUGGCUCGAACGCCGAGCUAAUCUCACACGCUCACGCUCGAAUGAAUGGUACGACUUGUUCAAGAUAGAGGAGGAAAUCGAGACUAAGGACGGAUUGCUGUGGAGUAGAUACACACGAUUCCGCCUUUAUCUACGCGCAGCUCACUUUGAGACCUACUUAGCGGAAGAAGAGAUUAGGUAUACACAAAAAGCCAUCGACAGGGCCUUGGUUAACAUCGAGGGUUUUUUUGAUUCCUUCUUGGAGAACCAGGUCGAGAAAUCGGCCACCGCCUGCAAGGAAUUGGUCAAAAAAAUGGAAAAGGAGUACGGAAAUGAAUCACCGGGGCAAAUAGCUAAAGAUCCAAACCGCUGGGAGGACUUCAAAAUUGACUGGGCACUACUCUUCCCAAUGACGUGUGAUCAAUAUCCAGUAGUCCCCCCUCGGGAGUAA